AUGCUCCUCCAAUCAAGCAUCCUCCUCAUGUACGCCACAGCACUGGCCGCAGCAAUACCGCACAAACGACAAUCAGCACCAACAGGCUUCAACUGGGGCAACGAAAAGAUCCGCGGCGUGAAUCUAGGCGGCUGGCUCCUCCUCGAACCCUGGAUCACGCCCUCCAUCUUCCGCAAAUACCCCGCCUCCGCCGGCAUCGUAGACGAGUACACGCUCUGCAAAACCCUAGGGCGCGACAGGGCGCACGACGAAGUGCUCCGCCCGCACUGGGAAAGUUGGAUCACGCUCGCGGAUUUCGAAAAGAUUGCUCAGGCCGGGUUCAACGUUGUGCGCAUCCCCAUCGGCUUCUGGGCUUUUGAUAAUGCAGGCUCGCCGUAUGCGCGCGGCGCGGCGGCGUAUUUGGAUAAGGCGGUGGGAUGGGCAAGACGCACGGGGUUGAAGGUGGUGGUGGAUCUGCAUGGCGUGCAGGGAUCGCAGAAUGGGUUUGACAACAGUGGACAUCGGAUUCCGCGGCCUUUGUGGCAGACGGGCGAGCACGUUGGCAAGUCGUUGGAGACGCUGGAAAUCAUUCAGAGGAAGUAUGGCGCGGCGGAGUACGACGAUGUGAUUGCGGGCAUCGAACUCGUCAACGAACCCUUGAUCGCCGAGCUGGAUUUCGACAAAGUCAAGCAGUACGAACGACGGGGGUACAAACAGCAGCGAGAUGUGUCCGACUCGCGAGUCGUCGUCAUUCAGGAUGGAUUUGUCGAGCCGCGCGCUUACAACGGCUGGUUGACGCCGUCGGAUGACAACAGCCAGUAUGUCGCCAUCGAUCACCACGAUUACCAAGUCUUCACCGACCAGCUCGUCGCCAUGACGCCAGCGGAACACCGGGAAUACGUCUGCAGCAAUGCGUACACCUACUCCGGCGCGGACAAGUGGACGUUUGUAGUCGCGCUGAACGGCUGGGAGCGUGGGGCACGAUAUGAUGGCACGUUUCCUGGAUCGCCGUAUACGUGGAGUCAGGGGUUCAAAGAUGAUACGAGGUGGUACAUUGAGACGCAGAUGGACGUCUUCGAAGCCAAUACGCAAGGCUGGAUGUUCUGGACGUGGCGGACGGAGGAUUCGCCGGCGUGGGAUGCGCAGCACCUGAUUGAUGCUGGUGUCUUUCCGCAGCCACUGACUGCGAGGAGUGACUAG